UCCUCACUUCCUUCCUCUGUGCCAUUUCUUCCAUUCCAUAUUUAUGUACUCGAUUUCUUGCGAUGGAUGGAGAUGAAUAGUUUUAAUUAACAGUUUUAUCGUGUCCUUGCACUAUAACAAGUAAUUUGUAUAGGAUUGUAAAACUCAAAACAGUAUUAAGCGAUUUCUAACACAAUUCAGAGAUCCGCGUAUAUAUUGGCAGCGCUAAAGCAGUGACCUUAUUUUAAUUUCUUCAUUACUGCAACGAUUGUUACGGUUUACAAUAUCGAUUUUAGUCUUUUUUGUGCAAGAUUAUUGUUUUAUGCCGUUCGAUUUAUCAGUGUGUGAAGGUACGGGCGUUGAAGAGGCAAUUUUUUUGUGCGGUAGUGUCAAUUAAGAUUGAGCCGUGUCUUGGGGAAAAAGCACCCCGGGCACUACGGUGGCCCCAGAUACACCUGUGCCAGCGCCCCAUCCACCCGGUGGGUGAUGAGCGGCGCGCGUGUUGUUGCAGGGGUGCUGGAGAUGACGGGCAGCGACAGUGUCCGCUUCAGCGGGCACACCCUUGAUAAGGCCACCAAGGCCAAAGUCACCCUAGAAAACUUCUACACGAAUCUCAUUGCCCAGCACUAUGAGAGGAAACAGAGACUGGAAAAACUCGAGGAGUCUCUCAAAGAUGAGAAUCUCACAGAGAGUCAGAAGCAGGAGAAGCGGCAGCAGCACGCGCAGAAAGAGACCGAAUUCCUAAGGCUGAAGCGAUCGCGUCUCGGCGUUGAAGACUUCGAGCCGCUAAAGGUAAUAGGGCGUGGUGCGUUUGGCGAGGUGCGGCUCGUGCAAAAGAAAGACACCGGUCACGUGUAUGCUAUGAAAAUACUAAGGAAAGCGGACAUGCUUGAAAAAGAACAGGUGGCCCACGUGCGAGCUGAACGCGAUAUCCUUGUUGAGGCUGACCAUCAGUGGGUGGUGAAAAUGUACUACAGCUUCCAAGACCCCAUGAACCUGUACCUCAUCAUGGAGUUCCUACCUGGAGGCGAUAUGAUGACGUUGCUCAUGAAGAAAGAUACUCUAAGCGAGGACUGUGCACAGUUCUACGUGGCCGAGACCGCGCUCGCCAUUGACAGUAUACACAAGCUAGGCUUUAUACAUAGAGACAUAAAGCCUGACAACUUGCUAUUAGACGCUCGUGGGCAUAUCAAGUUGAGUGACUUCGGACUAUGUACCGGUCUGAAGAAGAGCCACCGCACAGAUUUCUACCGCGACUUGUCGCGAGCCACUCCCUCCGAUUUCAGUGAGUAUCUACCACAAUGGAUUUACAACACGCAGUCAGUAUCGACGUCAUCUUCUGCGAUGGAUUCUAAACGUCGAGCCGAGUCUUGGAAACGUAAUCGACGCGCGUUAGCCUAUUCCACAGUCGGAACUCCAGAUUAUAUCGCACCUGAGGUCUUCCUGCAGACAGGCUACGGUCCACAGGCUGAUUGGUGGAGUCUCGGAGUUAUCAUGUACGAGAUGCUGAUCGGAUACCCGCCGUUCUGCUCGGAGUCCCCUCAGGAGACGUACCGCAAGGUGAUGUCGUGGCGCGAGUCCCUCACCUUCCCGCCUGAGAUACCGAUCAGUGAGGACGCCAGGGAGACUAUAUUGCGCUUCUGCUCGGAACCAGAUCGCAGACUGGGCUCUCAGCGCGGCAUCGAAGACGUGAAGUCUGUGAACUUCUUCCGCGGCGUGGACUGGAGCCACGUGCGCGAGCGUCCCGCCGCCAUCACUGUUGACGUGCGCUCCAUAGAUGACACCUCCAACUUUGACGACUUCCCCGAUGUCAAACUGGAGAUACCGGCGGCGCCUAUAUCACAAGAGGGCGAAGUGGCUUACAAAGAUUGGGUUUUCAUAAACUACACGUUCAAGCGCUUCGAGGGCCUGACGCAGCGCGGCACCCCUACCAAGAAAUGAGCCUCCAUCUCAUAGAGAACGCUGCUGCCGGAGCCCGCAAGCUACACCGCCGCCGAUACCACCCUGCCGACUGUAAUCCACCCCCCGACCCCGCCCCUACCAUCUCUCUCUCACCCCACCACCCCUCGCAACAGGCGGCCAACUCGCUCGGGUGUAUUCGAUUGUGCAGCAUGUACUAUACUGUGAUUAACACAGUCGGUGUUCCAGUGAUCACGUGUUAGAACUCAAACGUGUGCAUUUUUAUUAUAAAACAAUAUAUAAUUACUAAAUCAAUACAAACACACAAAUGUUAUGAUUGUUUGUAAUUUUAUUAGAUGUGUUAUUUGUAAGAUAUGUGUUGUGUAACAAGAUGGUUGAAGACUUUCCGCCAUUGAUGCUGAGUGACUAUCUCUCUCACUAUGUUCUAUCAUUUUCCGUCGUAAUCUGUACCGAUUUCAUUUAGAGCAUUUCUAGUUAUGUUAUUCGAAGCUCACCUAGAUUGUAUAAAAACGAUCAUCAAAAUUAAUAAAAAAAAAAAUGUAUUUUUCGAAUGGUGAUUACAUCUGUCUAUUGCAAAGAAUUAUUUACAUUUGACAGCAGCGAGAUUUUCUUUAUACACUAUGUAGUUUACAUAUGAAUUAAUUGAAGGUUAUUGUUGAGGUGAGUUUGAAGCGGCGCAUCCCUGGCCCCUACUUUACAUCUAUUCAUAACACCUCCUCCUAAUAUUAUUUUUUUU